AUGGUCACCGAAAUCGGCCAGAAAGAGAUCGAGAUCCAGCCCGGCUAUGUCGGUGAGUACCCGCACCAUCUUUCGCACAGCACGCUGCACCACGCUGCACCACGCAGCAGACAGCAAGCUUCGCGCCGCCAACGAGCGCCGCGCAACUUGACAGAAGAGCAGGAGGAGAAGCUGCAGGAACUGUGGAUGAAGUUCUUUGAAGUCUGCGAGAACGCCUCGGACGACGAUGACGGCGAUGUGCAGAACAAGGCCAAAGGUGGCGGCGACCUCGGCGGCUGGGACGAGAAGAAGUCCGGUCCGGACGGCGCCGGCAUCCCCAAGGACGACAAGGCCAAGGACGAGCUCAAGGCACGCGAGGAGCAGGCGGCGCUCGACGAGCUGCUCAACACCUACGGCGCCUCGGCGCUCCGCAACACUUUCUGGAAAUUUGUCAAGAUGGACAACCCGGACACGGACGUGCUGCGCUUCCUCCGUGCGCGAAAGUGGGACGUCUCGCGCGCCUUUGCCAUGAUGGCCGGAUGCAUGAAGUGGCGCCUGGACAACAACGUCGAGGAGCUCGCCGAGAACGGCGACCUGGGCAAUGCGAGCAUCGAAAAGUUCCUCGACCAGCAGCGCAGUGGCAAGACGUACGCUAUGGGCACCACGGACAAUGAGCAGCCCAUCUGCUACAUCCACGUCAAGAAGCAUCUCACCUGGGGCCAGCCGGGCGCCUCCAUGUCCAAGUACGUCAUCUACGCCAUGGAGUCGUUCCGUCUGCUCAUGCAGCCUCCCAACGACAAGGUGGUGCUGCUCUUUGACCUUACGGGCUUCGGUCUGCGCAACAUGGACUGGAACUGCAUCCUCUUCAUCGUCAAGUGUCUCGAGGCCUACUACCCGGAAUCGCUCGGCACGCUCUACAUCCACAACGCGCCCUGGAUCUUCACGGGCAUCUGGAAGCUGCUGGGUCCCAUGCUCGACCCCGUGGUGCGCAGCAAGGUCAAGUUCACCAAGAAGCCCGAGGAUCUCGACAUUGUGCCCAAGGAGCGUCUGCUCUCCAACAUGGGCGGCGACAACACGGCCGAAUUCGAGUUUGUCGAGCCCGAGGAGGGCGAGAAUGCGCAGACCGAGGACGAGGAGGGCAGGAAGCGCACCUGGAACAACUACAUGUCGCUCGCCAAGGAGUACGAGAAGGUGACGCGCAAGUGGUGCGAGACCAAGGGCAAGGAUGCCGAAGUUUGCAAGCAGCGUGAGCUGCUCGUCAAGAAGCUCCGUGUAGCGCAGUUCGAGCACGAGCCCUACUUCCGCGGCAAGACCGUCUACCACCGCGACGGCACGCUCGACGGCCAGGGCAUCGUCACGUGGAACUACAAGCAGAAGGACGGCGAGAUCAUCCGCCACGUCGUUGGCCGCAAGCACUGUGUCGCCACGCUCAAGAAGGAGAUCGCCGAGAUCGAGGGCGGCGCCGACCCGGCUGAUGUCGAGAAGCGCGUGGGUGCUCAGGCAGAGAAGGGUGAGCUCGAUGGCGUUGACGGUGCUGGUGCGGCCGCAGGUGCAGGCGCAGGUGCUGCUGCUGGUGGCGCUGCUGCUGCGGCGGCGGCCGGCGCGGCGGACGACGACGACGACGACGACGGCGCGUUCCACGAGGCUCCCGUCGCCUCGCAGGCUGCGACCAAGAAGGCGGUCGACGCCGACACAGACAAGGUCAUCUCGCACGACAAAGCUGCUGCUGCCCAGGUGCAGAAUGGCAAUGCGCAGACCAACGGCAGCGCCAACGGCCACGCCAACGGAGGCGCCCAGCGAUCGUACAAGCAGGCCACCAGCGGCCCCACCCCUGGCAAAACCACCGGCACCGACUACAGGACCGAAGACGCCUCGGACCGAAACAGCCUCAAGAAGAACGGCUCAGUCAAGUCGGCCAAGUCGGGCUUUGCCAAGCUCAAGUCGGUCAUCACCCCCAGCAAAGCGUGA